GUUCAUCUAUUAAAAGCAUUGUGAUAAUUAGCCAACGCAGUUUUUUUUUCGCUUUCCAAUCUUCACUCCCGUCCUCACGUUUCCCAACAAAAAGCGAAGGAAAUCAUUUUCAUCAAUCCCCCCUAUCACCCUUCUUUAUCUUUCCCACGGAAACGAAGAGCAAUCAGAAAACCUUGUGAAGAAAAAAUGAGGGAAAUCUUGCAUAUCCAAGGAGGUCAAUGUGGGAACCAGAUCGGGGCUAAGUUCUGGGAAGUCAUAUGCGAUGAGCAUGGAAUCGACAACACUGGAAAGUAUAACGGUGACUCCGAUCUCCAGCUGGAGCGUAUCAAUGUCUACUACAAUGAAGCCAGUGGCGGUAGGUAUGUCCCUCGCGCUGUUCUCAUGGAUCUUGAACCUGGCACUAUGGACUCCGUCAGAUCCGGUCUUUUCGGCCAGAUCUUUCGUCCCGAUAACUUUGUUUUCGGUCAGUCUGGUGCUGGCAACAACUGGGCCAAGGGUCAUUAUACCGAGGGAGCUGAGCUCAUUGAUUCUGUUCUAGACGUUGUCAGAAAAGAGGCGGAGAAUUGUGAUUGUUUGCAGGGUUUUCAAGUUUGUCAUUCAUUGGGUGGCGGUACCGGAUCUGGAAUGGGAACCCUUCUUAUUUCCAAGAUCAGGGAGGAGUAUCCAGAUCGCAUGAUGUUGACAUUUUCGGUCUUCCCUUCACCCAAGGUAUCCGAUACAGUUGUUGAACCAUACAAUGCUACCCUUUCUGUUCAUCAGCUUGUUGAGAAUGCUGAUGAAUGCAUGGUGUUGGACAAUGAAGCCCUGUACGACAUCUGCUUCCGCACCCUCAAGCUCGCCACUCCUACCUUUGGUGACCUCAACCACCUCAUCUCUGCUACCAUGAGUGGUGUUACAUGCUGUCUACGGUUCCCUGGACAGCUGAACUCUGAUCUCCGUAAGCUGGCGGUUAACCUUAUCCCUUUCCCUCGACUACACUUCUUCAUGGUUGGCUUUGCACCCUUGACAUCCAGAGGAUCACAGCAGUAUAGGAACCUGACUGUUCCUGAACUGACUCAGCAGAUGUGGGAUGCCAAAAACAUGAUGUGUGCUGCUGACCCACGCCAUGGCCGUUACCUAACUGCUUCUGCAAUGUUCCGGGGUAAGAUGAGCACUAAGGAGGUUGACGAACAAAUGAUUAAUGUCCAGAAUAAGAAUUCGUCAUACUUUGUUGAGUGGAUCCCUAACAAUGUGAAGUCUAGCGUGUGUGACAUCCCACCUAAGGGUCUGAAAAUGGCAUCCACUUUCAUCGGAAAUUCUACUUCGAUUCAGGAGAUGUUUAGGAGGGUUAGUGAGCAGUUUACAGCUAUGUUCAGGAGGAAAGCUUUCUUGCACUGGUACACUGGUGAGGGAAUGGAUGAGAUGGAGUUUACCGAAGCUGAGAGCAACAUGAAUGAUUUAGUUGCAGAGUACCAGCAAUACCAGGAUGCAACUGCUGACGACGAGGAGUAUGAGGAAGGAGAGGAAGAAGAAGAGGAAGCUGCUUGAGUGAAUAACGAUAUGUAUAUGUUUGUUGGGUGAUGUUUAUGUUGUCAAAUCAAGAUUGACAUAACAUAAUAUGUAUGGUUGUUGUGGGUUUGUGGGUUCUUCCUUGUAUCUUUGAUGGAUUGAUUUCUUGUGUCUCUGCAUUUGCUUCCAAAGCUUAUGAUGAAUGAUAAGAUUUGAAGGACAUGUUAUUUGUCAACUACUAUUUCUUUUUAUAUUUAAGAAAUAAAACUUAAUUUUUUUGAA